GGACUGGUGAUUGUAAAUGGUAAUGAUCCCGGCAAAUGUAAUCAAACCAUCCAUGGCAAAGACGUUUUGGUUCAAGAUCGAGAGAAUAAUGAGCUUAUCAUAUUUUGUACCAAGAAAAACGACGUGUAUAAAUGGACAACCAUUGGAGGUUUGUUUUAGAGCAAUUGAGAUAAGUCGCACUUCACGAUCUAACAAAAUUGCUUGUUACAAAUUGUAUGAAAUUCCAUGUUUUAGACAAAAAACAAAUAUUGUUGAAUGCUAUGAAUCGUCUUCUUCCACUAUACAUAACUCCUAGCGUUUUCCCUAAUUGGCUAAUUUCGUUUAAACAAUAUUUAAAGUUAUCUAACUUUUGUUGAGGACUGCAUGAAAAAGUAUUUCAAUUGCUCAAAAUAUUCAAUGAUUCAUAAAUAAUGUUUAUAUAGGUAUCGUAGAAAAAAUAUCAAGUACCAAACUUCUUUCAUUGCAGUCUCUGCUUCCUUGUUUAAGGAGCGAUAAUUUUUAGACGAUCUUCAGCUCUAGAUCUGUCUUGAACUGCAUCUGGACAUCCCUUAUAGAAAUAAUAUUUAUUAUUUCAAUGGGACAGCCAUCUUAUGUAUUUGUUUACGCUCUCAUUAAUAGUUUACCUCUGUGAAAACACAAGGAAAUCAUAAGCAUAAAGGAGCAUGUAUAUUUCCGAUAUAAAAUAUAUGUAUGGUCUACAUAAAUUUUACGUUAUUUUUCCAAAAUAUGAUUAAUGUCUUGAGAUUAUAAAGGAAUGGAAAGAUUUUCGUCAAAACGAUACUAAAGCCCUGGGCAAACUAGGAAACAUUGUUGUGGAAACAUUUGUGAUUCUCGAUGUUUCCUCAAAUGUUUCCCUGUUUGCCCACCCGUGGAAACAUUGUUGCGGAAACAAAAUUUGCUUCCGAGAAGCAAAAAUGUUUCCUACCAAAUUCAGAAACAUUUGAUGUUUCCCUAUGUUCUUCACUAAUGUUUCCUAGUGCUUGCCCACUCUGGGAAACAUGGCGAAACAUUGGCAGGAAACAAUGUUUCCGCAACAAUGUUUCCUAGUUUGCCCAGGACUUAAGCUAUAUGCAGGAUUCGCGUUGAUGCUGAAACGACGCUCGACCACACGUCUUCUGGUAGGGUGGCUAGGUUAAGUUUUCUCGGUUGCAGAAUUUUUUUAAACUUACAAAUAUUAGUUUGCCUCUAAAAUAGUACAUUGUUGGAAUUUAUCCUACAACGUCAUCCAUUAUGCUUAGCAAUUAUGUAAGCUUUAAUCAUGUUAAUCAUAACAUUCAUCAGAGUUGAUAUUUUUUACAGGAAAAACUCCAAUUGGUGAGCUUUUUAGUCCUGCUUAUGACUGUUCGAAAAUAUUGGACCAUAAUCCUGAAGCAAAGGAUGGAAUGUACUGGAUCGACCUUGGUGGAACUUAUCCUAAGCAGGUGAAUUUUAAAAAUGCAUGAUAAAUGUGAAAGUUAAUUUUGAGAAAGAGUUAUUAACUGCAAGAACUCUACUGUAUUUAGUUAGCUCACUUGGAUAUGAUACAUUUCUAAACAUGAGUGUACGUAAUGUAUCGUUUUGAGUGCAAUUUGAAUUCUGAAAAUUCGAAAAUGGAAAUUCGUAUUGCUAAUAUCUGCCGCCAUCUUGAUUUCCCUUCUCGUUUCCAGCAGACUGCUGUGCAAGUUGGGGAGAAAUUCACUACACACACUUAAGCAAUGAGCAUUGAGUUUUAAUAUUUUCAUGUAUAUUGUUAGCAAGAAAAUCAUGUAUGCACCAGCCCUUUCUACUCCGAUCCAGGUUUUUGUAUUCUUCUUUAUCUUGUCAGGCAUAUUGUGAUAUGAUUACUGACGGCGGAGGUUACAUGUUAUUUGGAAGAACAAAUACCUCUGUAACAUGGACAGUACCAUCCAGUAACGACGCUGUCGAGCCGUAUGGCAAUCCACACUGGGCAAGUCACCUGGGAGAUGCUCCUAUCCUUGACUUGAGAAUACAGAUGGCGAGGACAGAGGAUCUCAGCAAACCUUUAGCACAUUGGUAGGUUUGCAGCCGAAAGUUCAAUCCUUGUUGCAUGCAAUAAUCUUUCAGCAAAUUUGCGACAUGAGUGUGAAGUGUGAGAUGAUAUCCACUUUACAUUUCUCCUGUUUAGGUCAUUUAGAUUACAAACUGAACGUCUGUUAAAGAAUUUGAUGAUUGUGGAUCAUGGAUGUGCACAAGCGACACCUGGAAUUGGAAACAUCGCAUAUGUGAAGGAUUUACAAACUGAAAAUGUUGUCACCACAAAGUUUCGUUGUUCCGUCUUUGGAGGUUACCAUAAUCCUGCAACAGGUUUUGGAUGGGUAACUAGAAUUUAUAGUACAUGGAUUGGUAGAAAUUAAAGAAAUGUUACAUGUUAUGCAUUCCCAAUAAGGUAUAAGUCAAACCCAAAUUCGGUGGCGAACGUUGAAGAUACUAAAUUGAAAACAACAGAACAUUUUCCAUUACAUUUUUCCCAAGAUUGGUGCAUUUGUGAUGAUGUAGUAAUUCCUUAAUCAACAUAAAAUGAUCUUUAUUUACAGACCAUGAUGAAUUCGUGCUUGAAGAAGCCUUGCCGCCGUGGAUUUGCGUUUUUUGAUCAUGAUGUAAUCAAGUUUCAAACCGACCAUUCUGGGUCUUUUAGGUAUGUUAGCACGCACAUGAACAACCACUGAAUGCCGAUUUCUGACCUCGUUAAGUUGUUAUAAGAAUUGUAAAUUUGUAAAUCGGAUGCACCAAUAUUUACGUUGUAUAGGUACGUCAUAUCCUCUCUCACAGGAUUCGCCAACGAUUAUUUUUAUUUUAGCUAACAGUAACUUCUUGUUACAAUAUCUCGAAAACAAAUGUUUGUAGCUAUAGCAAAUGGGCACCAGAUGCAAAUUGCCAACUGCCUUUUAAUUUGCGCUACUUUAAUUUAAUUUUCUUAAAUAUUUUUUGUUAUAGUUACAGUGUGUCCGGAUCAAUUUCUGGAAUUUAUCAGAAUUCCACAGCAUUUGUUGGUUGUGACAAAACGAAGGUAACUUGACACAUACCAAUUUACAUAUACGUGUUGAUCUCUUUGCCAGAGAUAUAUCUACUGGGGUGAAUACAGAGGAUAGGCCGAUAAGACAUUUAAUUAAUUACUUCAAUUUAUUUAGUAUCGAACUUUCCCUUAGCCUCAUUUUAAUAAUAUAUUCUUUUGUUUUUUAUAAUGACCAAUAACAAUGCUUUUAGAUCGCAAAUUGUAGUUUUUACCUGAUGAUGGAGUAAACUCAGAAACGUCGUAUUAAAUUAAAUAAAAAAUUUAAGCCUUGUUAUUGGUCAUUAAAAAAACAAAAGAAUACUUCAAUUUGAUUUGAGACAUGUCUGGAAUGAGAGAGAUAUACUACUGUCUGAAAAAUAUAAGCAGUCGUUUCACGUUUCGAAGUUGGUAGUGAAGAUCGGAAAAAUUAUAUACGAAAAUCUCAUCGAAAUUCUGCUGAUAUUUUUCUUAUCCACAGCUGCCUGUUAUAGGAGAUGCCAUGCAAGUUAGGAGAUAACUUCUACAUAUGAUAUAGUACAAAUUUAACAACAAAGAUAAAUAAUUUUAAAAUAGCAAAACAUAUUUAUUACCAGUGUUGUGGCUGCUUUGGUCCAGCGGGUGCAACAGGUGAUUACUGUGGCACAGACUGCAAGAAACGAAGAAAUGGAACUAUUGUGAAGAAUGUUUAUUCCUGGUUUUGGGUGAGAUCUUCCAUUCCCAAAAAAGUUUGGAGUAAAUGCAUGGAUUAUAAAGUGACAACACCGAAUGGAGACACAGUCAGGUACAAGUUAUUGGAUGGAAAUCCUACGCCAGAAAAGGUAAAGAUAAGAUUGUUGACAGUUUAACUAUAUGUUAUGUUGUCGAAGGGAUUGUUCAUACGCUUUCCAUUGGCAUCACCUUAGCAUUUAUACAUGAAAUUGUGGUUAGAGCUCGACAACUGUAACUCUGGAUAGCUCAGUUGGUUAGAGUGCUGCACCGGAAUUGCAGGUUAUGUCUCCUGGUUAUGUCUAAUAAAUUAAAUGCAUAAAAAUUCUACUCAAAAUUUCCAUCUACAAAUCUCUUCAACAAUCUAUACCUGCGCCUAUAUUUUGUUUCAUUUUUCGGGGAUGACAACGCUGUAGUUGGACAUACUUUAUUAUGUUGGGCGAAAACAUACGGCAUGCAUCAUGCAUUAAUUGAUCAUUUUAAUAAAAUGCGAAACAACGGAGAUUUGUAGUAAGUUUCAUUUCGUUUUACUUUCUUAGACACCUUAUCGUGGUAUAAGUUACCAGCAAUUGACCUUUUUCUCUGGUGUAUGACUUGCAUACGACCAAGAUUGGAGUAUCAAUGGCAUGACUUGUUUGAUUAUCACCUUCUAUCCCUAUAUCUGACCCUUUUCUUCGAUACUCACUGUUAGUUCAUUCUUUAGUGCAGUGUAGCUCAGUCAGAAACCAUUACUUCAUAAUUUUGUUACUUUCUUUUUAGGGUCGUUGCGGGAGAAAAGAAGCUUUGUUGAAUGAUGGCGUAAGUGGAGUAAAUCAGUUAUUGCAUGUCUUAUUUUUCUUCGGGUGUAGUACGUUUCUUGCUAUUGUUUAAUGAUAAGAAACUGUAUAAAAGAUGAUCUUUUAAAACAACAUUUCUUCAGAUUGUCGUUGUUCCAGAUGAUGAGACAUCAAAGAAAGUGCCCAAAGUUCCUGGUUUGUUGAAAUACCGUAAAGAUACCAAGGAACUUUAUGUAAGAGCCAAUGAAUCAUGGUGUGUUGUGGCACAAGAGAAAAAGGUUAGAAAUGAAGAAAUAUAUUAGUUUAAUUUAAUAACGUACUCUGGCUUGUAAAUAAUGCUCGUCGAAGUUAAACGAGAACCUAUUUUCAACAUGGGAACCUUUCUUAGAUUUUAACGAUAUUAACGACCUUUUGAAACAGCCUGUUCUGUGGCUUUGAAUUUACAGUUUAUAGUUGUUUUAAGUUUGAACCAGGCCUAGAAUUUUAUCGCGGCAAUUUCCGUAGAGGUAGUACAAAAUGCUGUGGAUCAUUGCGGAAACGACGGCAAUUUUAUGCCGUAUAAGUAUAAUUUUUAUACUAUUCACUAAAUCACUAUAUUAACAAUAAAAUGAAACUUUUGUUACAGUAAUUCAAAUUACUGCUAAAAUUAAUGCCAUGGAAACUGCCAAAAUUGCCGUAGACAGCUGUUACGUUCUACGGCAAUCUCUGCUUGAAUGCACACGGAACAACUCCAAUGUUAUUUAAGUAUACUAUAUCUGCAUGCAUGCUAUUCAACUAUACCAAUGUCAAAUUUUGUUUUCAAUGGAACGCAUUUUAUGAAUGCCCUCUUCUUUCAGAAGAAGCCACCUAAUUAGUGAAUUGACCCGCAAAUUCACGUAGCUACAACAGAUGAUUUUCAUGAUGCUACGACUCAUUUAUAUAAUUGUAAAAUUCAAAUUUCUGAAGGUUAAUAUUCAAGUUAUUGAAUAAAUAAGAUGUUGAAUCUUCUCGUUUUUUUCAAAGGUAAUGAAGAAACUCAAUCAGCUUGAAAGAGAGAAAACAGAAUUAAAACAAAUUAUUGAAAACAUGAAUGAAACAUUGAAUAAUUUGUUGAGUAUUGUUAACGGUGUGUAUGUUUUACUUUCUUCAUUCCUCGAAUAUAACUUUUAUUUAGUUUAAUACUGUAAAAUCUUCAGUGUGUACACUGCUUCAGUGUAUAAACAUGGCUCCCGGUUUGGCAAACUCGUCAAAUGGCAUGAACCAAAUAUGUUUGUCGUGAAAACCCACGAUGUUUAAUUAAAACAUUAAAGAGAAUACUCUUUCGUAAUUCUGUCAAGAAAAUUAAGAAAAAAUGGGAAAUUUUACUUCGGGCCUGCUUUAACAAAAUUGCUGAAGUGUUUUUAAUUUAAUUUACGCUAAUUAAUAAAAUAAUUACAUUGUCGUAAGGAAAACAUUCAAAACUAAAUAUAUUAAAAAAGAUGAAAUUGUUUCUUUGAAAUACGGAGUAGCAAGAAAAAUUAAGAAAUAAUUGGUUAGAAAUUUGUUUUGAGGUAAUAAUAUAUAUAUACUUCGAUUGCUGUGAGACAUUUAAAAAGGUAUUCUAGCUUCAUCAUUGGAAAUUAAAUAUUGACUAUGCAGUAAUUCAUAUAUGGCAAGCAUCACUUCCGGUGAAAUGGCGGACUGUGAUUGGCUGAGAAGCACUUUCAGCGGUCCAUUAUUUCCCGUGAUGGACCGGCGGUCCAUUACGAAAAAACAAACGCACGCAUUUUAAAACAAAACAGCAAAACUAAUUGGAAAUUUGAAAAUUAUAAUUUAAUUUGUUAUUCAUAACGUAUCUGUGAAUGGUUUUAAGAGAACGAAGGAAUACAUUGGUAAUUUUUGUUUUCUUCGACCACUGAAUGUGUACCACGCUACUAAUAUGCAUUUCAAAUCAUGCAUUUCUUGUUUGUUCCAAGUAUAAAUCCCUACAAAUGCCAUAUAAUAAACUUUUUAUUUUCCUUGCUUGCUCGGUCUUUACAGAGAAAUAUCGGACCUCGGUCUUUUUGUCCAAACCUCGCCCUAUGGGCUCGGUCUGUACAAAAAAAUACCUCGGUCCGACAUUUCUCUGUAAGGGACUGGUCAUAAUUUAUCAGGGGGGGGAGGUGGGGAGGUGUAAUUCAAAAUUUUAAGGAAUGAUAUUUUGUGACCCUGCUUUGCCAUAACCCGGAAAAAUAAUGCCCCUCCCCCCUCUCUUGCUCGUGUCAGUAAAAAUGUACCUACCUACUGCUAAACCCUGCAUUCAAUAAAUGUUCUAAUUGCACUUUAAAUUUUCUAAUUUUCUAGUUGCGCUUUAAAUCAAAUACUAAAAUUUAUAUUAUACCAAUACAUAGUCAUAUAUAAAACUUUAGUUUUUUCAACUAACUUUUCAUUCUAAGUUUAAAGAAUCGAUUUUUUUCAAUGAAACUCAAACAAAAUAUGAGAAUGCAUGUAUAAAACGAUUAAUUGAACUAAAACAGCAGAACCCCUCCCCGCCUUCAUAAAUUGUCUAAUAUUUUAUGAACCCCCCUUUUUCCUGGCUAAAGAAUAUGUGACCCCCCCCCACUGUUUCCACCUCCCCACCCCUCCUGCUAAAUUACGACCAGUCCCUAAAGACCUCGCGGGCUUGGUUAAUAAGAAGCCGGUUAGUAUUCACGCAGUAUUCAUUCGAUUUGAUUAACUAAUUCUCUUUGGAUGUUAAGGGCACAGUUCAGCCUUCUGAGUGAUGGUUUUUAUGGCGCAUUACAAGCCUUUCAAUUGAAAAAACUAACUAGGAAAAUCAAUUAAGCAUAAUUCAAAAUCAGUGAACUCAAUGUUUUAACAUUAGAAAUGUUUAAAAAUGUUAAAAACAUUGAAAUCACUAAUCUUGAAUUAUGCUUAAUUGAUUUUCCUAAUUAGUUUUUUCAAUUAAAAGGCUUGUAAUGCGCCUUAAAAACCAUCAUUCAAAAGGCUGAACUGUGCCUUUAAGUUUCUACAAAUUUAUUUCUGCAUGUGGACGCAUAUAUUUCCGUAGAAUUUUUGUGAAUCCUUGCACUUUUUUUCAUACUUGUUCCUUUAUCAGGGCGAUAACAAUUUUGAGGUGACAUAAAAACGACAUGUCACUGAUAUAGUUUUUUUUUGUCAUUGAUAUCGCUUUUUCCCUCGCUUUUUAAUAAUUGUUGUAUUGGGACAAUGAUUAAUACUCAAUAAAGUCUGAGUAUAAUAAUAAAUUACAUAACAUAAUACAUAAUACUAACAAGUACAUAACACUAGGUUGUCAUAAUCGGAACGAGGCGAUAUGAUAUCGUCCUUCGAACGAUAAAACUGAUAUCGCCUCGCCCCUCAUAUGAUAGCCUAUACAUAUGCAGAAAAUUAUAAAAAUAGUGGAGGAUAAAUUGAUUUUUAAUAUGUUUGAUAUGUUAUAGCUACACCACAGACUUUACAGUAAUUAGAACGGAAGUGAGAGUGGAAUUACCUUUCAUAGUCAUGUGAUCAUAUAUCUUCUGUCCGAAAACAACAAUUAGCCACAAAUGUUAUUUGUAAUCAAGUUUUACUUUUAACUUUUACGUGCAUUUUCUAUUUCUAUCCUGAUACAAUCAGAAACAGUUGUUGAUAAGUAGUGUCUGAACAUUCCUACUGUCCUGAUAUGUUAAUUCUCAAAUAGAUCCGAGGUUUUCUGAAUCAGAUAUAUUGUCAGGAGAACUUUACUAUGAUCACUUAUUAAAAUCAUGGAUCGGAGGAAUCUUCAUAAUCAUAUACAAAUUAUAUACAUGCAUGCUGUUGACGAUAAAUAACGAUAAAAAUUGUGGUCAAGAUUCCUACUGUCUCAAUACUUUUUUAAUUUUAUAUAGAUCCAAUGUUUGCAGAAUCAAUUAUAUUAUCUGGACAAUCUUACUACAGGUAUGAUCAAUUAUUCAAAAUAUGGAUCGAAAGAAUCUUUACUGCGAAAUUGUGUUGGCGUGCAACAAGAGAUGGAUGGGCAGUACCUUUCACAGCAAGUGCAACUACAAGAAACCAACAGUUACCCUGGUUAAAGUUGGCAGUUAUAUUUUCGGAGGGUAUGCUACAGAGUCUUGGGAAGGUGAGACUAUAAUAGCCUAAUUAAUGUUACUUCUUUCCAUCAUUUCCUUCCAACUCAUGCAUUAGCUUUUGGUAUAUACUAUAGAAAUCAAUGAAGGUUUCAUCUUGAAAUUCAGUUUUUCGAAAAAGGAGGAGGGGGUUGCAUGUACAAGAAAAGUAACCGAUAUAUGACCAUAUAGAGUUCCAUUUUGUAAAAACUUCUUUCGGAGUCAAAAUUAAAUAGAAUUUGGCAUCAUUAAUUGACCAUUGCCCGCUCAUCGAUAAUAGAAAAAGUGAAGUUUAGAAAUGGAACAAUUCCAGUAAAUAUUUUUUAUAGAGCCCCUAAAGAUGAUAUAUAAAACUAUAAUAUGCUCCUUUUAUUUUAAAAGUAUAAAGUGUCUGAGAUUAUUUUGAAAAAGUAAACAAAUAACCGCAUGUCAACUGCUAUAUAUUGCGGUUGUAAAAUGAACUAAAAAUUGAUUUCUUAGUACUCUCAAAAAUCUUUCGUGUAUGCGCAACAUUGUAAUUAGAAACUGUAUGUAGUAUUUAAAACACGAGCAGGAGUGUUUUAUCAGAUCUAAAACACAAGAACGCAGCUCGAGUGUUUUAUAUGUGAUAAAACACGGACUGCGAGUGUUUUAAAUGGUUUAAAAAAAGACUCAUCUGAUGAGUUCAUUGGCGACGUAAUUUCAAAAAUGAACGUUGUUUAAGCUGAGAAAAUCAAAGCUAAAGUUCAUGUAAAUGCAUGAACAUGAUUUUUUAUCACAUAUAAACCACCGAUACGGCAGUGAUUUCCUUUGUCUUUUCAAAACAAAAGAUGUGACAAAGUCCUGUUAUCUUCUAUAGGAUUCCUAUGAGAAUAUCUAGCCUAAAUAUUGGAUUUACAAAACAUUUUUCGCUUUGGACGAUUGUAUCAAAUAUGACAUGCGCGGAACUGUAUACAUGCAAAUAUAGAAUUUCGACUGGUUUCGCAUCUCUCAUAAUAUGGCAAAAUUUCUCCUUUUAUCAAUAAUUAAAAUGACAAUUGAGGCUAUUUAGCAGCCUUAUAAUUGUUAAUAUCUGUGUUAUAAGUAGGCCAUUUUAGAUUGUGAUACAAAAAUUGAGUAAAAGUUGUUCAAAAAAAUGGCAAAAAGUUGUUCAAAAGUUGUCAAAAAUUGAAAAAGUUGCUCUCAAUUCUCUAGAAGUUGCUGGGUAUAAACUAUUAUGAAUUAUAUAACAUAAAUGGCUUUGCUUGACAUGAUCAGUUCGUUCCAUACGAGAAAUUUACUAUUUUUUGUAUCCUUAGGAGCGGAUCAUUAGAACGGAGUCUCAUGUUUCUGCAGUCUCAUGUUUCUGCAGGAUAUUUUUUAAUGCAUUUAACCUCUGCACAAAUUUUUUUUCAAGACUAUUUGUACUUUGUUGUUUGCUUGCACGAAUUUUUUUCUCUGACGUAAUGGCUGCACGAAGUUUUUCCAGGCCUUUUUUUUUGCACGAAGUUUUUUUGGGAAUUUCCCCCCCCCCCCCUCCCAGGAUUUCUAAUGGUCCGCCUCUUAUGUUAAUUAAAGGCUGUUAUAUGUGGUUGUAACGAAUCAUUUAAGUAAAAAUCAGAUAAAUACGACACGAACAUUUGAACCGUAUUUUUCAAUCUUUUCCUUUGGCUACAAAACUAUAUCCAACGCAUAUUAAAAAUAAAUCUGAUUAAAUUUAUUAAAACACUAUUUUUACGUUAUAACAGGUAGCGGCUACAAACAAGCUCCAGGAUCCUUCAUAUUCUCUCUUCGCAACAAAGAAAAUCUGCCGCCGUUUAAAGCCCCACUGAAAAAUCAAAAUAGUGCGAGCGCAAUUU